AUGUCAAAGGUCGUAGCAACCCUCAAGUUCACGGGAGUAAUCUCCCUGGGUCUCCUCACCGGCAUCCACCUAAACUUCAGCACCUCCACGCUCAGCAGCAUCCUCACCCUCGCGUCAGCGCCGCAGGCGCAGCGCGCCUUCAGCGUCUCGCUCGGCCUGCUCCGACAGGUGACGCGGCCGCUCGAGGUGGCCGCCUCGGGCGUGCUCGUGGCCGCUUGGUGGUUUGCCGGAAAGGGCGGCAGACACCCGUAUUUGCUGUUGACGGCGGCGGUGCCGCUGGUGGCGCGCCUGGUCGAGGGCGCCAGGUUGAGUGCCGUCGAGGCGGAGGUGGUGAGUGUGGAGACCGAGGGGAGGGGAAGGGGUGGUGUCGAGGUGAAUGGAGAGGUGGCGGGUAGUUAG